UCGCGAGAGGACUGUGUCUCGCAUGCAAUGCAGUAGUAACUCCGGUGGCCAGGGCCUGGUGGAAUGUGAAACUACAAGUUGUAUAGCCUUCACUCAUUUUUGACAACACCCGCUGCACCAUUUUAGAGACAGCACAUUUCCUCUGGGAGCUCUGCCAUGUUUUGACACAUUAAAGACAGUCUUUAAAAUGCCUCCUUAGGGGAUGAGAGGACAUCGGCCAUUUGAGUGUCUGCGGUUGCGGGAUCGUUGACUCGGCGGCUUGGCGGCUGUGGUGGGUCAGGAUGGCACAGGGGGGCUAUCAGCUGGAUUAUCAUAUCCUGCAGGACCUCAAGCAGCGCUUCCCCGAGAUCCCGGAAGGAGUGGUGUCACAAUGCCUUUUGCAGAACAACAAUAAUCUGGAUCUCUGCUGCCACCUGCUGGCCAAGGAGAGUAAUCGAUACCUCUAUGGAGACUUCCAUCACAGUCCAGAGGAGGCACGCCGGGGUCAAAAUCACAUGCUGCACAUAAGCCUGGGUCACCCAGGUUCAGAAGUAAAGAAGCCAAAUGGAGGACCUGGGCGCUCCCUCGUACACAGCACAAGUGACAGUCACAUUGAACCACAGAGACCAAGUUACCCUGAGCCACUGUCUGCCCCUGCCACCAUGGCCCCCUCUCCGGUUUACAAUCCUUUUUUCAUUAACGACCCGAGCCGUUCAGCCAGCACUCCUACCCCUCCGCCAACUAUUCAGGGUAUGUCCCCCACGUUCUCCUCUGCCUCACGGUAUACUAUGAACCCUAUCACGGUUACGAUUCCGCAAAGUAUACCCAAUGCCCCGCAGGCUUUGCAAAUAACCCCGGGGCACUAUGGUAACAGCAGCAACACCACCCAUUAUAUUCGGCCCUCACCAUCCCAGAGCCCACAGCCACCACCUUGGUCCUCAUCGAACACCUCUGUUUAUCAGCAUCAACAGUCUCCGUAUAGCACCCCCACGUAUGGCUCGCCUUACAGCUCUCCCCAGCAUCAACCCCAAACCCAGCAGACAUCCCAGCACCAGCAAUAUGUCUUCCUCCCAAUUACCUCGCCAACCCUUCCCAGCAUGCCCUACCACCACCCACAACAACCACAACAGCAGCCCCCUCUUUACAGGCCCUAUCAUGCUAAAAGCUCCCUUAAGAACCAGAUGGAGAUUACUCUGGAAGGCCCACGGCCUCGCAGCAACUCCCCUGUCCACACUGCCCACCCCCAGGGAGCACUUUAUAUCGCCACCAGCCCCUCACCCGGCUCCCCUUCGAGGGGCGUCACGUUGAGCGGAACUACCGGAGCGUCACCCUAUCAUGCCGGAAUAUACCUGCAGCCUCGGCCUACGGCCUCACCUCAGCCAGGCCAGUCAGCCUACACCUUUAGAUGCAAAGUAUCCCCCGGAGGGCAGGCCCAGAGAGCACCCAGCUCUCCUCCCGUGGCAGAGGCGGAAUCACUGCUCAACAUUGUCGACCAGGGGGCCACCAACGCUGCCCCUCCACCCAUCCUCCCCAUCUCGCUUUUACCAGGGAAUGUAACUCGACAGUUGCAACAGAUGCCUCGACGGUCAAGCUCAGGCUCAGAUGACUAUGCCUACACACAAGCUCUACUGCUCCACCAGCGAGCCAGGAUGGAGCGUCUUCGGAAGGAGUUGCUGGUAGAGAGGCAGAAACUGGAGCAGCUCAAGUCGGAUGUCAACAACAUGGAAUACGACGCCCUGCAAAGACGCUUCCGUAGAGUCAGCUCGACCAGCUUUAUUCCCAGACCUGAGGAGAUGACGCGAUUACGGAGUCUUAACAGACAGCUUCAGAUUGAUAUCGACUGCACCCUGAAGGAGACGGAUUUGCUGCAGUCCAGAGGGAAGUUCGACCCACAGGCGAUGAACAACUUCUAUGACAACAUUCAGCCUGGCCCAGUGGUGCCGCCCAAGCCGGGAAAGAAAGAAGGGGAACACUGCCCCAAGGUGGUGGCGGUGCCGCCGAGGGACGAGGACUUCGAAGGUGCUCAGUGGAGCUGCGACAGCUGCACCUUCCUCAACCACCCUGCUCUCAACCGCUGUGAACAAUGCGAAAUGCCGCGUUACACCUGAGUUUGACGCCUCCACGCUGUCAUGCUGCGGUCUCGCCCAUUCCCAUAAACACUUGAUUCACCUAAGGCCAAUCCUUCUGGAAUCUGCAGGGUUGGAUUUUUUUUUUUGCUCCUGUCCAAAGGACCUCACCUCAUUUACAUAAUAUUAUAGACCCUUUUACCUGCUGAGGAAGAGCCACCAUGCCUCCCCACUCACACGUCCUGCUUUUAUCUGCUACUCAUGUGCACUUUGAUUUUAAAAACUCUUUCAGGGAGGUUGGAAACUCUGAUGGCUAAUGAAAUAAAAGGACACACAAACACAGACUGUGGCCCUGCCUGCCACGGAGCAUCUGAAAGGUCAAAGCAAAGCAGCAGAGAUGACCUCUUAAUUGUGGUUUACCUGCAAACAUUCCACGCAGAAAGAGUGACUGCCAUGUUUACGAAACCGCAUCCAUUCCUGAACUCAAACGGCUCCUAAAUCCAGGAAGUGCCGAUUUAUCUCUUGCUGACAAUGGAAUAAUGAAAGCAAUGUUCUGAAAGGUCUGACUAAUGCAAAUGUAGAUUUUACACUGUAUGUGGCUCUUAGAGCUGAAAAGGAACACUAAAAAGACAUGCAUAUGAGUAUAUUGCUGGUACUUUUAUGCAUAAUAUGUCACCCUGUAUUACAUUAUGAAAAAGAUGAUUUCCUGUGUGAAGGCCUCAACUUGCUGUACUUAAUAAAGGAGAAGAUGCUACGAGACUUGACUAUAAUCAGCUGCUAUGUCUGCAAACAAUGGUUUUAAUGAGUGGUUGUUCCUCCCACACAAAGAGAUAUUGGCCUUCUAGUGCAUGCUUAUUGUCUUUCAGUCAGUCAGUGAUGACACCAUCGGGAGGACUUGGGAACAGAACAGGAGAUGCUUUAAAAGUGUAUUUAUGUUACACUUGCUUAAAAUUCGAAUUUGGCUUUGACCAAUGUAAAUCCUUACCUGUUUACAUCUGUGAGCCAGUGGCUAAAGUCAUAAACAAUGUGGAGGAAACUUAUCAACUGAGUGAUCUGCUUGGCAACAAAAAGAACCUUAAAAUAAUGACGGCAUGUAAAGUAUUUAACUGUAGGUUGCUUUAUGUGGGGAUCGACUAAGAAAUGCUCGUGUACAAACAGGAAUUGACAGGACAUUUCCUGUGUCUGGUCUACGGAGGGAACAUAAUCUCCCAUGGUUUAACAUGCAGAAGGAAAGCAGAAAAUAAAGAAAUGAAAGUAUUCUG